AUGGCGAACGCUGACGUUGUCGCAUACAACGUCGCAGUGUUCGUCGCUACACUCUUCCUAUUGGAAUUUGGUGCGGAUAAGUUUGUCGACCAUACUGCCGUCAUCGCUUGCCGCACCCGAAUACCGGAGACUAUCAUUGGGCUUCUCACUGCUGGAGGAGAAUGGGAAGAGCUCGCUGUUGUCGUUGCGUCCCUUGCGCGCAAUCGCGCCUCAUUGGCCAUCGGUAAUAUUGUUGGUUCUGCCGUUUCGAAUAUCUUAGGAGCUUUCUCCCUGGGUCUUUUGUUCCACGACAAGCAGCAACCGAUUGUCUUCGACCGAAGCUCACGCCUUUACUCCCUCGUCCUACUUGUCCUAACGACCUUUGUGACGCCGAUUACAUACUUUCCAAACAAGAUCAUAUGGUUAGUUUGUGGCUCCGUCUUGAUCGCAUUCUUCGCUAUUUAUAUUGGGUCUAUGGGGUGGGCAAUCAGUAAAGGGGCUCUCACCGCUCCAGAGGACUCCGACGAUAGCAGCGACGGCGAUAGCAGCGAUGGAGAAAGUAUAGUUGGUGUUGUCGCGAGGAGGGGACCACAUCGUGCAGAUACACACAGACACGAAACCAAUGGCACAACUCUCGCUGGGAACGACGAACAAACGAGCCUACUUGUACACUCUGGCAGUAGUACAACGCAAAGGUCAUCAGGACCAAGUUGCCGAAAGCAUCGGACUCUAGGUUACCACCUAUUUUAUCUAUUGAUUGGUUUCCUAGCCAUCUGCCUCGCAGGCUACGUACUUUCCCACGCUGCCACCGCCAUUACCGACGAAUUCGGCACCUCAGAUGUGCUUUUUGGUGUUGUGAUUCUCGCAAUAGCUACGACACUUCCCGAAAAGUUCGUUGCUGUGAUGAGCGGGCACCGAGGUCAUGUGGGCAUUCUUGUCGCGAACACCGCCGGCAGUAACAUAUUCCUACUUGCAUUGUGCUCUGGAAUUGUUAUGCUCGAUACAUCGGGGAAGCUUGAACACGGCAACCUGAGCAUCUCUGAACUAGGGGUGUUGUGGGGCUCAACACUUGCAUUUACCUUGACGGUCUAG